UUACAAUCCUGCAUUUAACGACGACUUCUAUAAGAGCUGAUAUUUUAAUAAAUAGAAAAUAACAAGUGUUUGUUACGAUUUGAAUAUAGAACGUAACGUUCUAAAAUCAGUUUUCUCUCAAGCAAAAUGUCGCGCAAAAAAGACAUAUUGUACAUUUCCAUCUUGUUUUUCCCAACGGAUUAAUCCCGUUGUAGCUGUACUGCGAUUUUGGCCGUACUCUGUAUUAUAAUUCAUGGCCUUUAACGGGCUGAAUACCAAAGCCCGACACCUCCGUACGUUCCUCUACCGCACACGACGGUCAAAUACACGGUCAAGGUGAAGGUAAGUGGCCCCUUGAGCGGCGCGAUGCGGGUGACGAGAAAUUCAGUUUUGCUAUGACCGUUGGCUGGUAGACAGGUCCGAUCGGCUCGUGUGAUAGUCUCGAGAAACUCUUGACAGACGGACAUUUCGUUCUUCCUUGGCCCCUACAGUGGAUUAACACGCCAUGGAAUUUCGCACGUUUGUCAUGAUACUCUUGUGUGCAUCAGCGUAUUCCGCCGAAGAAAAGUCGAAAAAUACCAAACCGGUUGUUAACGACAACGAGUCCACGCGAACGGACGAACCACCGGAGGGAUAUUACGCGUUCGUCGAAUCACCGAACGCGGAACCACCCAGGGUUCGGCCACCGCCCUACAUUGACAGCGAUAAAGGAUGUUACGAUAACGACAAGCAGGGAAAAGGCUCCGUUUCGAUACAUAACAUCUGCGGAGAUUUGAACAAAGGCUAUAUUCCACGGAAUCCGAUGAACCAAUAUGUAAAUGGCUCGUCGUAUCCUUUCGCACUGAUAAAGAAUCAUACUCUCAAGUUCCUCAGCAAAGCAUUACCGAUCCUCAAGUCUGAUGAUUCGUUGCCAAAAGUCGCCAAAGUGCAUCCGUUGUCGCAAAAUUCUGUUGAUACAGACGAAGAAGAGAAACAUGGUAGAAGCAAAAGAUCUAGUCCAUUGGAUUUGAUUUUACCCACAGACUCGAAUCGAAAUGGUCGCAAGUUUUGCGAAAAUGGUAGCGGCGUAGUGUGCAUGUUAUAUAAAGCGAUCCAAGGCGAGCCGAUCGCGUCGUCGGCUGCGGUGAUUGAACGCCGGGAUGAACCUUCGACGAACUCCGAUUAUCGACGAGGAGAACGCGUACCAUCGCAGGAGAAAACGGAGUAUACGGGCCCGCCGACGCCGUGUCCAGCCAAAGUCGAAUACGCGACUCCGGUCUUCGCCAAGAAUUACCAAGGUGUCUGGAGAUACGUGGUGCAGAUACCUUACGAAGGUUACUUUACGCAGACGAUCGAACUCACCAGAUGCAUGCAAUCGAGGUGCCAUUACUUGGAUGGUGGAUGCCUAUCGUCGCCGAGAUGGACGAGUCUGUUGGUCGCUGAAAUAUUUUAUCCGGACACGUUCCUAGAAGAGAAUCAAGGAACUGACUCCGGUAUCGGAUCUGGUACUCGAGAUCCUGUUGUCGGAUCCCCACCACCAGUUCACGAUUUUCAGAAUUAUCAGCAAUAUUUGCAGAAACGCGCGAGCACGGGAGAGGCACGUAACAAUGGUGGUGCUCAGCAACAUCACUGUGACGGGCUCGACGAAAUGGGUUGCUUCCAAGUACGGCUAUAUUACGACUGGUUCUUGGUACCGGGAAGCUGUAAAUGCUGGCGGCCGGAUUACUUCAAUCGAUACGUUCGUCGCAGCGGUUCCAAUGUCGAAUUAUGAUGAGUUUCACGUAAAGAUAUGUAUUUUGCAUCCCGAUAAAAUAUCAUGUCGAUUUACGAGUGAUUAUUUCAAUCGUCGCUAAAUGAUCGAGCGUACCAAGUUGGAGCGAUUUAUCCGAGUCAUUUCAAAUAUGUCGCACAUAGUCAAAUAUUGGCACGUUUGCUUACACGAGAUCUUUUUCGCUCAUGCGUUACAAAUCAUUGUUGACAUUAUUCGACAUUAGUUUUUUUUAUCACAAUUAAGUGUGAUAAUUCGUAGCAUUACAAUCGAAUACAUUUGAUCAUAACAUUUCUCUUUGAGCUUUGAUGUAGCCAUUUGUCGAUAACAUAAUAUUAUAAACGUGUGAAAAAAGAUGAAUUUUAUUCAUUGUAAUUGAAAGAAAAGAAACAGGCAGUUGAAGAAAUAACAUGACAAAUAAAAUGGAAAAGAAUAUUGUGAUACAAGAAAGUAUUAUUUCCAGAUCUAAAAAAAUAAUUUCAGAUUCAGAAUGUAAAUUCUUAUCUCUUUCCACAUACACUGUCUAUGAAAUUGAUACAAAAUUACCACGUAUAAGACGAAAAUAUAAUUUUAGUUAUAAGAAAAAAAAACAAAAUAAUUGUUUUAUAAUUAUAUACUAGUUUUAAUAGUGGACCACAGAAUAUGUGUCAUUACAAUUUUACUACAAUGUUACAAUGGUAAUUAUUGUAGUAUUCAAAAUUAUAAUAACAAUUAUUAUUAUAACAAAUCAUAUAACAAAUAUUUAUAUGUAU